CAAUGGUCAAAAGCUCUCCUGUUAUAUGUGGCUGCUGCUGAGACUGGAUUUGAAGCGGCGGCUUUUAACACUGCAUACUUAUGUGAGGAGCAUGAGGCUGCAAGCCUUCAUGUAGGAGAGAAUUGUGUUUGGAGAUUUUGGAAUGUCAGCGCUAAUUUCCGUGUUCCGCAUCCUUAUGCUUUGAACAAAAUGGGUGAUUAUUAUUACAAUGUAAACGCUACAUCUGAGGAUUUGGAAAAAGCAUUAAAAUAUUACACAGUUGCCGCCAAGUUUGGAUUUCCACAGGCAAUGUUCAAUGUGGCCACAGUUUUGGAUAAACAUCGUAACAUUAGCUCUAAUAUCGUCGAGUCUACACUUCAGUUGGCUCAAAAACGUGAAGACCACGAUGACAGAAUAAUUUCAAUUUACAAAAAGUGCACAGAACUACCAACAAGAGAGAGUUUGUUGCCAUGUCACAUUGCUCUUGUAAAAGCACGACUGUGGAAAAUAUGGAAAAUGACACCAUUAUCUAUUAAGGUGUUCUCUGUAUUUAUCUCGGUAGUAAUGAUGGUGGUCAUCUAUUUUUUAACUCAUCAAAAUACCAAUGGUAGUAUUGAGUUUCCAGCGUAACUUUAAAAGGUUUUAAUACAAGUAAAUAGAAGAACAAUAAUUUUUCAGCUGCUGAACAAACUAUUUAAAAUCUACAUUAUGCAUUAUUGUUGUACCAGUUCUGUUGCAAUUGUGCAAUGCUCAAAAUGAAAAACGUGUUUCUGGACCACAAAAGCCAAAGCUAUCAAUUUAUUGUUUAAAAUGUUUUAUCCUGGUGUAUCUUGAUGUUUAGUGCCUUACUAUAGUCUCUCUACCGCUUCCUAUAUAAAUAAAUAUAAAAAACUUCAUAUUAUUUUCCAUGUUAAAUUACAUGCGUGUACUUUAAUUUCACAUAAAAGCGUUAUAAAUUAAUACCGAAUAUCAA